GCGGUAUUUUUAUAGCUCUAAGCUGGACUAGAAUGGCUAUUGCACUGGUUCAGAUUCUUAAUUUAUUUUAUCUCUAGUGUUUUAAACUUUACUGCUUAAGCAGAUUGGAUUCAAAUUUCGGGAGUAUGAACAACAUGAAAGUUAGUGGAACGCAGCAGUCCGCUUCUGCUCUACAAAAUGAGUUUGAUAUGCUAAUGGUUGCAAAUGAAAGUUUACUUCAAAAGCUUCACCUUGCAGAGGAGAGGUGUGAAGAAGCAGAAGCAAGAGCUCAGCUGCUUGAGAAACAGGUGAAGGAAGCAGCCCAGAAGGAGGAGGCUGCUUCAAAAGGUGGAACACAAACUCAGUUGAUUGCUGCUCUUCAUACAGAAGCUAAGAUAGCAAGAGAUGAAACAAAUUCCGUCUUAGAGAAGCUCAAUGCAGCAGACUUUGAAAUCAAAGCACUGAAAACAGUAUCUCAAAGGAUGAUGCUGACUGAGGAAGAGAUGGAAGAGGUUGUUUUAAAGAGAUGCUGGCUUGCUCGUUAUUGGAGUUUAUGUGUGGAACAUGGUAUUCAGGCCGAUAUAGCCGGAGUGAAAUAUGAAUAUUGGUCAUCAUUUGCACCUCUUCCUUUUGAAAUAGUAUUAGCUGCUGGACAAAGAGCCAGAGAGGAGGAUAUGUCAUCCAGCAACGAUUUAGAAGAAAGACAGAAGAUCCUGAAAUACACUAAUGAACUAUCCGGGGAGAGAAAUGUUGAGAGCAUGCUUUUAGUGGAGAAAGGUCUAAGGGAACUGGCUUUAUUAAAGGUAGAGGAUGCGGUUACAUUCGCAUUGGCUAAACAACGACGCCCAAAUAUGCUAAAAAAUGAGGAGGUGAAACUGCCUACCGAUGGUCAAUUCGAGAUAUUCGAAUUGAGCCAAGAGGAGUCUGAUGACGUGCAUUUUAAGCAGGCUUGGCUAACAUAUUUCUGGAGGAGGGCAAUGACCCAUGGUGUGGAACCUGAUAUUGCAGAAGAACGUUUGCAGUCGUUGAUCACCUGCAGUUCAGAACCGUGCACUUCGCAGGAUGCAGUCGAUGUUGAGCGUGGGCUUAUUGAGAUUAGGAGGUUAGGGCUGGAGUCCCAGUUAUGGAAGACGUCUCGGCGAGGGCUCGAGCUAGGCGCCACUGCCCGGUUGCAUACUGAGACAGAUUUCUAA